UGAUUUUUCUUUUCAGUUCAGCUUGUAGUAGCAAUGGAGUUGCUUGCAGUAUUUGUCAUAAUUCAUUUAACAUUUCAGUCGUGCGUAGUUUAGUUUUUAGGUAUACCGGCUACAAUAAGGAUUCAUAAAACGAACUCUUAUAAAUAGUGCCGGCGUGCAUAAAGUUCUACAAUAGUUCGGACGCAUCCACGUGAAAAAACUAUUAUCAAGAUGACGAAGAGUCUUAUCGUCUGCUCCUUGGCAGUAAUUUCGUUGAUUAAUUUCGGCGAUGCCCAAAAUUACUGCAACUUGAAUAAGUGCCAAGGAAAUUCGCACACCAUGUGCCAAUAUCGGUCAAACAAUGCCGGCUCGAAAUGCGGAAGAGUUUUAUCGGCCGGUUUAUCGGAAAACGAAAAGAGAACUAUCGUCAAUGUGCACAAUCAACUCAGGCAAAAGGUCGCCAACGGUCGAGAGGGCCGAGGAUUACCAGGACCCCAGCCUGCCGCUAAAAAUAUGCAAAAUUUGCAAUGGGACAAUGAAUUAGCCACCAUUGCUCAAAGAUGGGCCAACCAAUGCGACUUCAAUCACGAUAAAUGCAGAAAUGUCGAAAGAUACUCGGUUGGUCAAAAUAUUGCCUACGUCGGCACUACCGGCGAUGUGAACACCCUCAAAGUUGAAAGUAUGGUUAACAACUGGUACAACGAGGUGAAAGACUACAGUAAAAACAGCGUCUCUAAAUUCACUAGCCUCAAAGGACCCAAUGGUAAGGACGUCGGUCAUUACACUCAAUUGGUUUGGGCUAAAACGAACAGAGUCGGAUGCGGUGCCAUGAGAUACAACGACGGUCGUUUCAACAAAUUCUUCUUGGUUUGCAAUUACGGACCAACGGGUAACUACCAGGGACAACCCGUGUACGAAAGACGUUAAUUUUUCUUUUCUAUCGAAGAAAAUUUUCUCGAUAAGUACAAAAAGUUUAUUUUUUCAUUCGAGAUACGUCAAUAGCAUUUAAACAAUUGUGUACCUAACAAUAACAAAAUAAAAAUUCUAAUUGAAAAA